CCAUCCACCAUCGAGAAUUUUACGCACGCACCGCUGAGCGUCGUUGCCUUCCUGGGUUAGCCGGGCAUGUCCUACUUUCUCGUCCACCUGCCUUCGGGCUGGCAUGUCGACCAGGCAAUUCUGUCGGAAGAGGAUCGCGUCGUCGUCAUUCGAUUUGGCCACGACUACGACCCGACAUGCAUGAAGAUGGACGAGACGCUGUAUGGCGUUUCCGAAAAGGUCAAGAAUUUCGCCGUCGUCUACCUCGUCGACAUCACACAGGUGCCGGACUUUAACAAGAUGUACGAGCUGUAUGAUCCCUGCGCGACAAUGUUCUUCUACAGAAAUAAGCACAUCAUGAUCGAUCUCGGUACGGGCAACAAUAACAAGAUCAAUUGGGCCAUCGAAAACAAGCAGGAGCUCAUUGACAUCAUCGAGACCGUCUACCGUGGUGCUUCGAAGGGAAGAGGUCUCGUCGUCAGCCCCAAAGACUAUUCGACUCGUUACAAGUACUGAUUGACGACGACGCAAAACACAAUACCUGUAACACUAGCAACUACUCGAGAACAGCUUCAUUCAUUCUUAAUGCCUACACGGUUGCCGAGCAAGGAGGAUA